UGGCGCAGAGGCGGAGGGAUUUGGUAUAACUGCUUCACUCUCAGUAUAAGUGGUAUAUUGAAGGCCCCUCCUCUUAAUUUACCUGUAAUAGGAUUGGGUUUGUUAAAGGGAGGAGCAAAGAUGAUUGCGAAGAGCUUUAGGAUCUAGCAUUAAUAGCCAGUCUAUAGAUAGCAGUGCUAUUGAGAGGCCAGCCGCUUCAUUCCCGAUACCCAGGCCAUCGGUUGCACAAUAUGCUCGGCAGAGCCUCAUUUACCUUGAUAGCAAUAUUGAAAAUCGUUGCUUAACUUAACAAAAUACUUUACCAGUCAGCGAGACGGUGCCGACUUAGCUCUAAACUUGAUUAUUUUGCAUGCCAUGCCCAAUACAAACGGUGGAUGAAACGUGAAAUUCGUUAGUGCCGAAUUGUGAGCAUCCAGGAAAGAUAUCGUCUCAGCUAGUCGCGUGGAACAAUCUUUCAAUUUUGAAAAAAUGAAUCUGUUAUAACAUGCUUCAUAUUGUUCGGGCUCUAUAUGUGUGAAGAAUUAUAACACAACUAUUUUAAUCCGUUUAUGGGAUUUUCAAAUUUCCUGAACUUUGUUGUUUCAGUUGCUUCUGAUAUUGGAUGUGAUAAACCUCAAAAUGAAAUGACGUUACAACAGAUUUGAGUUUUAAGUACCUUCCAUUGGUUUUACUCUAAGUUAAAACUCGUGUUUAGUGAAUAAAGAGAAAUUGAGUAUUAGUAAGGAAAAUUCAAAGCGUAGUUAUUAACAAUAUGAAAAAAAUUAUAAAAUAGAAAAUACAAGCAUAAGGAAUAAUUCCUCGCCUGCGGCCAUAACACAUUUGUUCUACGUGAUUUAUCUGAAACUUUCCAAUCUAAAUUUUGUGGAAUAAAUCAGCAAAUCUUUAAAGUUGUUGAGGAGACAACAUGUCCAGCGCAGCCGUCAACGUCACAUUAGGCGAUAAGCCGCAGUCCGCCUUCAGUGCGGUCGUCCGGAAGAGUUUCUCGUCCUUCUCAGUGGACUCAAUAUUAGCAGGAUCCCCCAGCACAGACACCCCUCACUCGAAAGGGGAUUCUUCUGCCAUUGAAGGUGAUUAUGCUCACGAUUCCGACUAUCGUCGGGAGGUUGAUGAUUAUCCGAGUGAGGGUGAGUUCAGAUCAGACGAUAAUUUCCGAAGAGACGAUUCUUCUUCUGUUGGCGACGACGUUUUUAUUCCCAGAGAGGAUGAUAGGAUCAGAGUGGUGGUUGGGAAUGGUGCAGACUCUGUUCAAGAGACCGAAGAUCGGGGAGGUGGAGGAGAUGGGAAUGACGACAGUGGCGGAGGUGAAAACUGUAUUCGAUCCAAUAGCAAUUUCCUUGCAUCAACACCAAACACAGCCAAAUACUUGGGCCUACACGGGGACAGUGCAUUCAGGAUCGCCACCACAGCAGCCCAGGCUUUCACUCUACUCCACAAUCGUCUAAACCGAUCUCCGGAGUUACCGAAGGACCGAAGAUUACCUCGAUCUCCUUCACCACGUACUCCAGGCUGUGAUGAAGACAUAGAGGACGCCGAUGAUGACAUCCAUGUCGACUCUGAAGAACAGGAUGAAAAAGAACGUUCUGAACUAUCUUCACAGACGGUGGUGAGGCCGACGGCAGUGGGUCCCAUUCAAGAGCCCCGGUUUCCUGGGGUAGGUCCUCCAGCUUUACUUGGUCACCUACCGCAACAUGGACUAUGGCCUUCCUUUCCCUUCCUGCAUCACCAGCUCUCCCUCAGAGCCCUUCAGAAAUCCCCAGAAAUGCCCCGCUUCAACGUGCCGAUAAAAGUGACGCUUCGCAAGCACAAGCCAAACCGCAAGCCGCGGACGCCGUUCACGACGCAGCAGCUGCUCGCCCUCGAGAAGAAGUUCCGUGAGAAGCAAUACCUGAGCAUCGCUGAGCGCGCCGAGUUCAGCGCUUCACUUAACCUCACCGAAACUCAGGUCAAAAUUUGGUUCCAGAACCGCCGUGCCAAAGACAAGAGACUCAAGGAGUCCGAAAUGGAACGAAUCCGUUUGGCAUCGCAUCCUAUCGUGCCUCAUAAUCCCUUCCUACCUCCCACCUCCCUCAUACCUCCUUUUCUUCUAAACAAUCACCUCAUGGCUGCAGGGGUCUUAAGACAUGGUCUUCACCCUCCUCCUGUGUCAUCCCCUUCCUCCCACUGACACAACUUUGUGUGAUACCAGAACUUUCAUUUUGUAAACGUUUUUCCCAGUAAUUCACAUCCUCCAUGACAUUUUCUUGAACUACAAUUAUAAAUAAAUUAUGAAUCAACGCUAAGAGCGUUAUGGAUGGCAGCCAUGCUUCACUACGAAGCAACGAAUAUGCUUACUUGAUAUAAAUCCAACCUGUAUUACUUAAUCAAUUGAAAAAAACUUGCGUUUUAAGUUAUUUAAAUAUUCAACU